ACAGUCUACUGCACGUAUACAGUGAGUGAGGUUACCUAAUUUUUAUAAAUAUGAUUUAGGCUCAAAAGUUAAAAUGUAAACAUUUUUACUUUAAUAAUUAUAGCAAAUACUUCUACAAUUUUUAGUUACAUGAUCAAAAACUGAUUUCCUACUUAAAUCAAUUAGAUUACCUAUUAGUUUCAUUUUUGGGACUAAGCAAUGCCUGGAAAAGUAAAAGUCAAAAUAUCAUCAGGGAAAAAUCUCCCUGUAAUGGAUAGAUCUAGUGACACAACGGAUGCUUAUGUAGAGAUAAAAUUGGGUAGUACAACAUUUAAAACUGAUGUGUGUCGAAAGUCCUUACAUCCCCAAUGGAAUACAGAUUGGUACCGUUUCGAGGUAGAAGAUUCAGAAUUACAAGAUGAACCAUUACAGAUAAGACUAAUGGACCAUGAUACAUACUCUGCUAAUGAUGCUAUAGGUAAAGUCUAUCUUAAUUUGAAUCCACUGUUACUACCCGUUGAUGGUCAGAUAAUGAAGUAUGGAUUCAAUGGGGACAGCUCAAUUCACCAUGAAAUAUCAGGGUGGCUUCCAGUAUAUGAUACUAUGCAUGGUAUUAGAGGUGAAGUUAAUAUCACAGUUAAAGUUGAACUAUUCUCAGACUUUAAUAGAUUUAGACAAUCAUCAUGUGGUGUACAGUUUUUUUAUUCUCCAACAGUGCCUCAAGGUUAUCAAGCAAAGCUGAUACACGGAUUUGUAGAAGAGCUAGUAGUUUAUGAUGAUCCGGAAUACCAAUGGAUAGAUAAGAUUCGUACUCCAAGGGCUUCAAAUGAAGCCAGGCAAACACUAUUUUUUAAACUUUCUGGAGAACUUCAGCGCAAAAUUGGUGUAAAGACCUUAAAUUUAGGUGGUAAUGCUGUCAUAGGUUAUAAACAGAGUUAUGAUUUAGAGGGAGAGUCAGGAAUUGUAGCUAGAGGUAUUGGUACUGCCAUAACUUUGAUGGUAUCAAGUACCAAUAGUAAUGGUCCCAUAUUACCUGGAGAAAAUAAAGAUGAGCAUGUUAAAGAUUAUCUCGAAUUCGUUGGUGAUGGCAAAAGCUUUCGCUUGAGCAGCACACCAAACGUCUUAUCCUUUAUGCUUCCCGCCUUUUCUAAAAUGUCUAAAAUUGCCAAUGUUACCUUUCCUAAAUAUAAACGUAAAUCUCGAAAAAUUGAUUCUUAUGUAGAUUCAGGUGGUAUGAGAGCAUCACAUUCUAUCGAAAAUAUUUCUCAUAGCCCAAUGGAAAGAUUACUCCAACAAGAAAAUGAAAGAGGUAAAACAUAUGGUUUGCCUCAAAAGUUAAAGAAUCUUACAUAUUCUCAAAAGUCUUUAAGUAAGAGAAUGACAGCUAUAAAAUCAAAACUUUCAGGUAGUAUAGGUGAGAAAAUAGAUGAAGAACCUGUUGUUCAGAAAAAAUACCUUCAUAAGAGGUCAGAUAGCGAUUCUAGUUUUAUGGCAGAGGUUUUAGCCCGUUCUGCUAUUCAGGUUCACAAUAGUUUGACUUGUAUAUUAGAAGUAAAAAAUCAGUCUGCAGAUGAGGGUAAAUCAAACGAAAAAUCGGACAAAUAUAAUAAAAUGAUGUCCGAUUCAAAUACUGUAUCUGAUGAUGAAAGUGUUAGCGAAGGUCCUGGUUCUUAUUCUGAUUCCACAACUUCCGAUGAUGAGGAUGAGAGUCUUAACAUUAAAAACAGUCAAGAGGAUCUUGACACCAUAAGCACUAUUAUUAAAGACGUAGAAAUGUUACAAAUAAAACAAAAGCCAUGUUUACUAAAACAGCAAUCUUUACCAGCAUUUGAAAUCAGUCGAUUGGACUCGGUGAGCUCUCUGUCCAAUGCAUAUACCUAUAAACCAAUAGACACAAACUGGGAUCUAUCUGAUAAUGAAAAUAACGAAAAAGAAUGUAAUAACAAUUCUGACAGUAUUAUUGAAGCAUCAACUUCUGAAACAAUUUUGCCCCAAGAGGACUGUGAAAAAACAACCAAUACAUUCUUUGAGAUUGGCGAGGAAGAAACUUCUAUUACAGAUAAAGACUCUGAUGAACAAGUAGUUGAAGUCAAAAAUGUAGAACCUGAGUUUAAGGGUAUAGUACCAGAAGCUAUAAAGAGUGUAAAAAUAGGAGAAAUGAGUUUAAUAAGAACAGCUAUACAAACUUUAUUAUUGGAUAAAGCCCAGAUUUUAGGAACGUACACACCACCCAUAACACCAUCGGAAGUAUUAGAUACCGAAUUUCCAAAAGGUUUCAUCUCAAACGAUACCACCCAGAAAUCAAGAAUGCUCAAAUCAGCUAGUUCCGUAUCUUUCAAAGAAUAUGUAAAAAAAAGAGAACACGUCUUGGGUGUUCCUUUUACGGAUAUAACUGCAACUAAACUGUUUAAAAGAAGACAGUCACAGCCGUGUAUACUGAAGUCAGAGGCACUAAUUCCUAGAACUAACAUCGAUUACAAAAUGUACUCAGACAAUCAACUAAACAAACCUUUAGUUAAAACAUUGCUCAAUGAAUCGUUAAAUAAAACAAAAUUAUUUCCAAAGUCCAAUAUAUUUAGUGAUCAGAAAAGUACAUUAUCACUGAAUUCUGAUGCAAUUCACCGUGAGAUAUCAUGCAGUGAUACUUCUGAAAAAAGAUCUAAACCAAACUUAUUAUAUCGAAUCUUUAGUAAAAAAAGAUCGCGCCCAUCACCCACUUGUUCUAAUACUCUUGUAGUUAAUGAUUUAACAACUAUUAACGUUUCUUCCAAUGAUUCGCCUACUGAUAUAAAAAUUCAGAGCGACAUUUGUACUAGUACUAAGCACGCAUGCAUAACCCCUAACAGGCAUAAUAUAUCACCACAACCAGAUCAAAUUGGAAGUAAUUAUCAGCAGAACCUAGAGCAGCGAAAAAGUGACCAAUCGCCUUCGAGACUCAAUAUUUUGGCUCAGAGAAGAUCUUCAGAUUCCGAUCUAAGUACUACACCAAAGGGAUUCAAUAGAAAAAGAAACAGUCUUACGAGUAGUGAAAAAUCUGGAGGACACCCAAGUAGUUCUUUUAUCAGAAACAAUAUGGUACUUAGAUCUCAAAUACAUCAGGAAAAUUUUGAUAUGUUAGAGUAUCCCUUUCUGACCAUUUUGAAAUUUCCAGCGGAUUUUAUUUCUCACAUAGGAGGUGCUGUAAGUGCACGAUCUGUGAAGAGACUAGAAACCAUACGAAACAUUGAGGAGCCUGAGUCCAGAGAUACUUGGUGGUCGGAAAUAAGAAUGGAAAUACGUUCACAUGCUAGAAGUUUGAAUUGUAACGCCGUUUUGGGAUAUUAUGAAUCUUCUAGUAUUUGUGAAGAUAUAUGUAUUUUAAGUGCAUACGGAACAGCUGUAGUGCUUAACUUUCAUAAAAGUGAUGAUACUGAUGAAUAUGUCUCCGGAUUAAAACAGAAUACAAAUGCAACUCCAAAUGAUGUCUGUAGUUUAUCUUAUGAAAAGAAUCAAUAUGAUAGGGAUAAACAGAAAAUGGAAAACACCCAUAGUAAUAAUAAACAUAGUGAUAGUCCAGAUUUUUCGACCAAUACUGGCAAUUCCGUAUGUACAAUAACACAUUUACCAUAUGACAGUAGUGAUAUUCCAGUAAAGGCAACUUUAGGAAAAUGUAUGAUAUGCAGAAAAGGCAAAGUUCCUGAGGUUCUAAUAGCAACAAUAGAACCUUUAGAUGGCAUACCCAGUACAGGAAGGGGAUGUUUUAUUGAAUCAUACGUUUGUCGACCUUUAAAAGACUUGAAAGGCGAGUGGAGUGCUAAGGAAAUAUCAGACGGUUUACCUUUUCUAGAAUAUGAGCUUCAUAGGUUGUUAGUUAACAAAUUAAAAAUAAAGGGAAUGAAUGCAAUAUUUGGUUUGAAAUUCAGAAUAACCGUUGGCGAGAAGUUAAUCAUUGCAACUGCCACUGGUACAGCAAUAUUUUUAUCCUCUUUGCCCAGUCCGACUGUACCUAAAUUAGUUUCUGACGAAAACGUAGACGAUCCAAAGCUAAUCACAUUACAAAAGCAAUUAAAUGAGACGGUGAAGAAGAACAAAGAAAUUUAUAAAAUUGAGGAUGGAAUUGAAGGAUCUCGUGCUUGGUCAGAUGAUGAUUCGGACGAAGAGCCAACUUCCUUAGAUCUGUCAUCUGGUAGUAAAGAUUGCUGUGUUUUAGAGGUUGAUGAUCCUAAAGAUGAAGAAGUACUUUGCUCAUUAAUGAAAGAACGUCCUCCUGAUGGCUUUCAUGUUGUAAAUACUGAGACCAUCCCUGGGCUCGACGAUUUAGAGAUAGUUAAAAAUUUACAAAUGUUCAUUCAGUGUCGGAGGUUUAAAUUCCAGUCUAAUCUUAACAUAGAUGAAUAUUUUAGUAAAUUACUUCAAAGCGUUUAUUUUAAAUUAAGAAGAAUGGUACCUUGCGCUUUAUGUAACAUUCAAUUUCGAUGUGAUAUUCCCGAGCCAGAUGAGGUGCAACUUUUAGUAUUUGGUAUGGCACUCGGAUUAGGUAAAAAAGCUAAGGGUUUCAAAUCUGUAAUUCCAAGGAAAGAAGAAGAGGACAUGAUUUUUAAAUUAGAAGAAGACAGUAUUACGGAGAAUAAUACCGUGCCAGGAAAUAAAAUAAAUAAAGUCAAUAAACUACGAUCUUCAUCGAAAUACAAAUCGUCCCUGAAGCAAAGACACACGCCACAAAAGGAAAUUCAUGGUGUUGAUAUAACGCCUUUAUCCUACGUACCAGGAGCCAGUGUUGAUAAAUAUUUAGGAAAUAUUAAUUUCUUCUUUAUUAGAGAAACGACAUCAAUUAGAGAGGAAGGAGGUCUUAGCGGGUUUCUUCAUAGUUUUGUAACGGAAGUUUUAGCCAUUGUUAGGGCACAUGUUACAGCACUUGGUGGAAAUGCUUUAGUAGCAUUCUUCUUGACAGAAUUGUUUCUUAAUCACAACUUCCAUAAAAACCAGGGCCAAUGCCUUAUCAACGUGGGAGGUGAUGUGGUGUCAGUAACCUCGUAUAAAGAGGAUACUUAGCAAAGCAUAAAAUAUUCAAAACAAACUAUUCGAUAACGUGUAUCAAAUUCCCUUCCCACUUAUAUUGAUACUUUGGAAUGUAUAUAUAAACCAUAAAUAUGAACCAGUUAAAAUUUCUGAUGAAUCAUUUUGAUUGAUAAACUAUAAAUCAUUUCUGUCCGUUUAAAUUUCGCUUUUAUAAAAAUAUUUAUAAUCUACGGUACAUGUUGUCUUUGAAUGUUAAUUUACACCUUUUUUGUGCCAUUAAUAUUAUUUUAGGAUUGUUCUAAUAUUAUGACAUCACGAUCCGGAAUUUUUAAAUUGUCUUAGCAUGCUAUAAGUAUUUUUCGAAAUGGUAAGGAAACUUUAUUCCCACGUUGAAGUUGUAAAGUUGUACAUACCAUAUUUGAAUUGACUGUCUUUGCAAUACUAAUAAUUGUAACAUUUAAAAACAUAUCAAAACUUUUUUUAAAAUUAAUAAUAUAUUGUGUCGAAAUGCUCAUUUUAUAAUUUUUUGAUAACAAUUUGGCAGCUUUUAUUGAAUGUUUUCCCAUGAAUAAAUUAAUAAAAAUAAAAUCAAUUUAGUCUAUUAAUUCACUAAAAAUAUAAUUUCAUCUGUCUAUAAGAUUUUUAACAGGUGUUUUCUUUAUUUAUCUAUUCAUAUAUUUUGUCAACAUGUAUUAUUAUUAUUAGUAUAUGCUGGAGAUCUAAGUAUCUGCAUAGCCAAUUCAAAUGAACACUUUUAAAGUAAAAUCAGUAUUUUCAGGUUUUUGAGUAAUUAUUAGAAAAAUUUGUUGAAUUAUUAUAUAACUGUACAUGACAUUUAUGAAAAAUACUGUUAUAUUAUAUAAUGUUAUUAUUUUGUGACGAGAUAAUAAAACUUCAAUCAUCU